GGGAAGGUUUCUAAGUACCGUCUUGGUGAAAAAGCGACAGCUCUUUCACUUCGCCGUCGCUGAUUUGCUUAAACAGCUCGCUGAUGAUAAGGAAGCUUCCUUAUCUCGCAUGUUCCUUAGUUCUGGUUCCGAUGAAGCUUCUCUCCACAGAAGGAUAGCUCAACUUAAGGAGAGUGAUUGCCAAAUAGCAAUUGAAGAUAUAAUGUACAUGUUGAUCUUGUACAAAUUCUCAGAGAUAAGAGUGCCUCUUGUUCCAAAGCUUCCCAGUUGCAUUUACAACGGAAGACUCGAGAUCUCGCCUUCAAAAGACUGGGAGCUUGAAUCAAUCCAUAGCUUUGACGUUCUUGAACUUAUCAAAGAACACAGUAACGCAGUCAUCAGUUUACGAGUGAAUUCGAGUUUGACUGAAGAUUGUGCAACAACGGAGAUAGAUAAGAAUCAUCUCAGUAAAGUAUACACAGCAUCGGUCUUGUAUGGAUACUUCUUGAAAUCCGCUUCUCUUAGACACCAACUCGAAUGCUCAUUAUCACAACACCAUGGAAGUUUCACCAAGCAACUGAGACAUUACAUUUCUGAGUUCGAUCCCAAGAUAUUGCAGAGAUGCGCAAAGCCAAGGUCACAUGAAGCAAAAAGCCUGAUAGAGAAGCAGAGCUUAGCUCUUUUCGGUCCUGAGGAAAGCAGCAAAGAGAGCAUUGUGACAUCGUUUUCUGACCUGAAGAGGCUGCUUCUUGAGGCUGUGGCAUUUGGUACGUUUCUAUGGGACACAGAGGAGUAUGUAGAUGGCGCGUUUAAGCUCAAGGAGAAUGAGAAUGCAGAGGAAGAAGAAAAUAGCAGUGUAUGAAGUAUGAACCAGUUUGCUAGAAGAAAACUUGAAUAUCUUUUUGGUGGACAUUGCAUAUAAUAUAUAGAGAAACGAAAGAUUAAAACAGGGUCAAUGGCUAUAUGAAAUUAUUUUUGUCUAAGUAAUUAUAUGUAUAGUGUAUUCGUGUAUAAUGGAUGAUUAAUAGAGAGAUUGGUUUUGU